UAGCCGUCGAUAUAUGCAGGGUUUUUAGGUAUUUGAAGAGGCCUCAAAAUUCACUUAACGCUGCCGCUGAAAUUUCUAUACUCUCUGUUCAGCCAUGGCAUUUGUCAAAGCCCAGAAGUCGAGAUCCUACUUCAAACGAUUUCAGGUCAAGUUUAAGAGAAGAAGAGAGGGUAAGACCGAUUAUCGGGCAAGGGUCCGUAUGAUCAAUCAGGAUAAAAAUAAGUACAAUACCCCCAAAUACCGCUAUGUUGUGCGCUUUACCAACAAAGAUAUAAUUGCACAAAUCGUGUCUGCAAGCAUUGCUGGGGAUAUGGUUCUUGCAUCGGCGUAUGCUCAUGAGCUGCCUCAGUAUGGUCUCAAAGUUGGGCUCACAAAUUAUGCUGCUGCAUACUGUACUGGACUUCUAUUGGCUCGCCGGGUCUUGAAGACACUUGAAAUGGAUGAGGAAUACCAGGGCAAUGUUGAGGCGACUGGGGAAGAUUACUCUGUUGAGCCAGCAGAAAGCAGGAGACCUUUCCGUGCUCUUUUGGAUGUUGGUCUUAUUAGAACAACCACUGGAAAUCGUGUUUUUGGUGCUCUUAAGGGAGCUUUGGAUGGUGGCAUUGACAUCCCCCACAGUGAUAAGAGGUUUGCUGGAUUCAACAAGGAUGGUAAGCAACUUGACGCUGAGGUUCACCGAAAAUACAUAUACGGUGGGCAUGUUGCUUCCUACAUGAGAACUUUAAUGGAGGAUGAGCCUGAGAAGUAUCAGACACACUUUUCUGAGUACAUAAAAGCUGGAGUUGAACCUGAUAACAUUGAAGAGGUAUACAAAAAGGUGCAUGCCGCAAUCCGUGCUGACCCGACUCCAAAGAAAAAUGAGAAGCAGCCUCCUAAAGAGCAUAAAAGGUAUAACCUGAAGAAGUUGACAUAUGACGAGAGGAAACAGAAGCUUAUUGAGAGGUUGAAUGCGUUGAAUGCGGCUGCUGGAAGAGGAGACGAUGAUGAUGAUGACGAGGAUGAUGAAUGAGAGUCAAGACAUGUAUGAUGUUGAAUUGUUUGGAAAGAGAACAACUGUAGUGUCUUCAUUUUUACAUGAAUUGUUUUCUAGAAUCAGUGACGAGUUAUAUUCGGACAUAAUUAUAAAGAGAUUUCUAUAUAGUUCAGGAGUUGUUUUUUAUUCGUUUAAAGAGAUGCUUUUUUCUUUUA